AUGUUCGCUACAUGGGACACCGUCGGUGGCGGAGUCCACCAUGAUGGCAAGCCGAAAUCUUCGUCUGAUCGGGCGUGCGAUCAGUGCAAAAGCAAGAAAGUACGGUGCGACAUGACGAUUCCAUGUGUGACAUGCUCGGCCAAGGGCUCCGAUUGUACUUAUGAUAGAGCGAGAAAGAAACGUGGCCCGGCUAGUAAACGCCUGUCAGAGAUACGUCUCCAUCAAAGAGGCCUGUCCAAAACCGAGCGCGAGGCAGCGCGUCCACUCCAGAGUCCAUCGAUGUCUGAAGUUCGUUCCACUGUCCCUGUUGAUGGUAGAGCGGCAUCGUGGCUGCAAAGUACCUCCGUCGAAGGCUCCACUGAAUCUGGUCCUGGCAGCUACGCUUAUCAGACCCAGCAAUACCCCUAUUCGACUGGUGAGAGCAUUAUGGCUAGCCCUGGUGACUUUAUCUUUCCCAGUCUCCCAGCCGAAUCGCCUUCUGGCUCGGCGAAUCAAUUUGGCUCAAUUCUUGAACAUGAGUUACCGAUACCCCCAGAAACGGUAGAUGUAUGGCCGGCUAGAGUAAAUGAGACGACGCUGCUUCCUUGGAUCGAUGUGUACUUCAAAAGACUGCAUCCAACGAUACCCAUUCUCAAUCGUACCAACAUAUACUCGGCUAUGCUUCUGCGUAAGCAUCGUACAGACCCGCACUACGGAUCAAUGCUGCUCGGACUCUGUGCUUUUGCCAUGACACAGCCUGUACAGAUACAUGAACGAGCUUCGAUGCCUUCUCGUGCAGUGCAAGCUCGAAUGCUGAUGGAAGAGUGUGUCCGUAUGCGGGUUUCUGCCGAGUUUGGCGAGAUCCCGACUAUCGAGAUGGCCCUCACGAGCUUCUUCCUGUUUGCAUGUCUCUUUGGCGACAGCAAGCAUAAUGCCGCACGACACAGGCUGAGGGAGGCAGUGGAUCUUGCAUACUCGCUAGGUCUACAUCGACCGGAUUCGUACCUUAGUCUGGCCAACGAGGCCAAGGAGCAGUGGCUUCGUACAUACCUGGUUCUUUCCGUCACAGAAAGAGCAUAUGCUCUUCAACAGAAUCAUGCAAUCAGCUUCCGAGGACAGCCGGGAAUGACAGCGCGUUUCAGCUUCAUGCAUUCUUUUGAGAGCGACAUUUCAUCGCUCAUCUACCAGGAUCGGGCAGACUCUGUGGGUAUGACAGGUCUCCUCUACCUCAUGGACACUUUCGACGCAAUUGAUGAGGUCAUCAUGGAUUGUUGGAAUGGCUUUUGCAGACUCAGUGACGGGGUUUGUGAAAACUUCGAUCGGCGCCGAGCUCUACAGAUGUUCAGAGCUCAGCGCAGGGUUCGUGAAGCAUGCACAUCCGGUAACAUUUCUUUCGCGCYAUCGGUGACUCCACUUCCGCUCUCCCAACUACUUGAGACACAACGAGCAGACCUUGUCAUCACGCAGUUCUGGCUCCUCAAUCGACUCUGGAAUCUAUGUCUGUCACAUCAGCUCCUGUUGGAAGACUCGGAUCAUGGCGAACUACGAUUCGACUUUGCAUGUCGUGUUGCUCUCGCAGUGCUGAGCUACUGCAACAGUCUUGCACUUUCAUCUAUGGAGGUUCACGGCGUUGGCUUCAUUGAGAAAGUGCACGAUGUGGCGAUGGGUACCAUAGUCGCUGUGAGCUCCGCACGGAUCAGCAUGGACACACCGAUAUUGCCGAUUGACUUGGAACAGCAUGAUGAACGCUUGGUCACAGUGCGGGAACUGCUCGAUGGGMUCGGUAGCCUUAUCAGCGACUUCCGGGGAGGUGAUCAUCCCUACAAGAUACGGUUCACGGCUGCUCUCGAAGCGCUGCCACUCGGCUGA